AAUUCUACAUCAAAACCUGAGAACGACAUAUUUUUCGAUAUUUUUUCAAAUUUUCGUGGGGGUCCCCUUACAAAAAGGAAGAAAGAAUUCUUUCUCAAAACUUAUAGGCAUAAACUUUAACAUCAAUUGAGAUGUUAUUAAAAUAUUCGUUUUUGUGAAAUAAUCAAAAUUUUGCAAAGUUGCUUACAAGUUACUAAAUUUAAACGUAUUGACGUAAAGUUCAAAAAUAACUGACAAUGGUCAAAUAUUUUCAAAUAAUUGUAUUCCGUUUGAAGUCCAACCUUCCGCUAUGACACCAAUGUUUCACCCUAACCUAUUCUAGUAGAUAACUUAUCAGCGGAAAAGCUGCGGUUCCAGUUAUUACAGAACUGCGAACUAGAUAAGUUGGACGCAAAAAUUUUCCUCUUCGUUGAGUCGAAAUGCCGACCUCGGAUUUCAUUUGUGGCGGAAUGGCUGCCAUGAUGGCUGGGGUUUUCACCAACCCCAUUGAGGUGGUCAAGACUCGGAUGCAACUGCAAGGAGAGCUGGCCGCCAGAGGAACUCACGCCAAGCCGUACAAGAAUGUCUUCCAGGCCUUCGUUGCCGUGGUCAGGAAUGAUGGAAUCUUGGGCCUUCAAAAGGGUAUAGCUCCCGCCUUGUGCUUCCAGUUUGUUAUAAACUCCUGCAGAUUGGGCAUCUAUAAGGUCGCUUUGGACAAUGGUUGGAUGAGCAAAAACCAGGAGGAAGUAUCCUUUCUAAGAGGCAUGUUCUGGGGCGCUGUGGGAGGCUCUGUGGGUGCUUAUUUGGCCAACCCCUUUUUUAUGCCUCUAUCCCAUUUCAGAUGAAGGCGCAGCUUCAGGCCCAAUCUGCUGGGAAGAUCACCGUUGGUUAUCAGCAUCGGCACACCUCGAUGUUCGAUGCUAUGAGGCAGAUUUAUAAAAGCGGAGGAAUUGCCGGACUCUGGCGAGGAUCAGCCGCGAAUCUUGUGAGGGCUUCUGUGGCCUCCUCGGCCCAGAUUGCCACCUUUGGUUGGGUCAAGGCACCACUGAGGAAAAUGGGUUUCCAACCAGUGGUUGUGUCCUUCCUCUCGGGAUUAACAGCAGGCUCAGUAUUGGCGUGCGUCGUCACUCCACUGGAUUUGGUCACCACACGGCUGUAUAAUCAAGGUUUGGAUGCCCAGGGAAAAGGCCUCUUGUACAAGGGAUGGCUCGACUGCGUCCUAAAGGUCAUGAAAACUGAGGGAAUAUAUGGGUUUUAUAAAGGCUUAGGGCCCAUUUAUGCACGAAGUGCUCCGCACUCGACUCUUUUGCUUUUCUUUUUUGAUCAAUUAAUUGCUUUA